AUAGAAUUUGCACCUGAGAUGCGACACACCUGCGCACCAAAAAGUAAACAACACAUUGACAGAUCCUACAUUUGAUAAAAAUGACAUAAAAUCAUUCCUUUAAUCUAAAUGUUUGAAAUGGUCGCUAAAGAAGUUUCUGAAGCAAUUGAAAACGAUGAUCUGGAAGCAGUUAAACAAUUGAGUUCUAAAGUGUUGAACCCCAGCCUUAUUGAUGAACACGGAUGUAAUAGUCUUCAUUUGGCAGCCCGACAUUCUGGACCCGACCUUAUAGCGUUUCUUGUAAACCAAAGGGGAUUCAAAGCAACUGAAAGAUCAAAUAUUGGGGCAACACCUUGCCAUGAUGCUGCGGCCGCAGGGAACUUAGAAGCUCUGAAGUGGUUGGUGCGAAAUACAACUUGUAACGUCAACAACCAGGAUGGCACUGGUGCCACUGCACUCCACUUGGCCUGCAGAUUCCACCAUACCCAAGUCACUGAAUGGUUGCUUGAUGAGGCCAAAGCAGACUCAUCAAAGGUAACAUCCAGCGAUGGGUUGCCUCUGCACUUUGCAGUGGUUGGAGGAGACUACGAUGCCGUGAAACUUCUUCUAGAAGAUGACCCAUCGUCCGCAAACUUGCAGAUAAGUAAUGGUGCCACUGCCAGUUAUCUUGCAGCACAGGAGGGUCACAUUGAGAUAUUACGACUGCUCAUCUCAGAGUAUCGAGGCAACGUUAAAGUCAAGGCAUACGAUGGGAUGUCUGUGGUGCAUGCUGCAGCACAGUCUGGUCAUCUGGACUGCGUCAGAUUUUUGGUAGACGAAGAGAAAUGCAACCCCAAUGACCGAGACUUUGAUGGGGCCACACCCCUGCAUUAUGCUGCAAGCCAGGGUCAUGACCUUGUCAUUGAUUGGCUGAUGAAAGUAGGAGGAGCCAAGGUCACCCUUGACAACCUAGGUGGCAGCCCCCUGCAUAAUGCAGCUGAGUGCAAUCAAAUAGAGUGUGUAAAGGUGCUGAUCAGAAACGGUUGCAGUAUUGAGAUUACCGACAACAAUGGCCUGACAGCCGCAGAACUUGCCAAGAAAUGCUUUCAUGAAAAGUGUGCAAAUAUCAUAGCAACAUAUAAACCUCAAAGUCAGGCAGACGUGAUAUUAAAGGGAACCAAACAGCAGCCUUUAACUCCUGAAGUGGUUGUGAAUGGAAUCCAGUCUAGGUCACCAGCUAGAGCAAGGUCACCAGAGGCAGGGUAUUCUAUAAAUAGAUCAAAGGGAGAAUACUCCAAGGGGGCAAGUAGGCCGAAGUCACCUGACCUUACUUUCAUCAGAAAGCAGACAUUACAUUCAGAUGAUAGUUUUAUACCCAGGCUUGAUCUGGGUCACAGUGGAGUUCACUCAGAUGUGACAGGCCCCAGUAACGAACCUAGACGGAGAUUUAGCUUGAGCAAUAGUGAGUCGGAUGCAUCUCAUAGUUCCUUGUCGCAGCUAGAUGAUGUUAUAGCCUUUGCAGAAAAAACAGUUGCUAAAGAAACCAAAAAGAAUUAUGAGCUAGUAAAAGAAAAGAUGGAUAGAGCAAAUUUUGGUAUUGAAGGGGAAAGUGAACAAUUUAAGCCAAAGGUUCAGAAUUUAAGGACAGUCAAAGUGGAUAGUGUCAGUCAACAGGCAAAGAAAGGUGUGACAUUUAGUGAAGCCACUGAGCACAUAAAUGACACAGAUGACGCUCUGUAUGAUGAUGCAUUUUCCAAACCCCCUGAAACUCAUAUCCUAGGCCAGCAGAAAGUAAAUGUCAAGAAUCAAACCAAAGCGUUUGAAAAUGGAGGUAUUAAAGGUGGUCAGCAUGGCACUGGAACUAACAUGGAGAAGAUAACAGGUCACUUUUCUAGGACAGCAUUGGCGGAAGAUGGGCCUGCAGCAUUAUUAACUCCAGAAAUGAUGCAAGCCCAGUACGGGGCUCUGAGCCCGACCAACACUCGGAUGGCCAUCGACAACAGCGCCAAUUCUGACUUCAUAAGUGAACUGAAAGAGGCCACCAAAGGGGGUGCCCUAAAAAAGAUGUCAAAAAACACGAGACUGGAAGAUAAAUUGUCGCCUACCCCAAUAACAGUAUUCUCUUCAGGGCAGAAAAUAGACAUUGUGAAUGGUGGUGUGUCACAUGAAACGGAGCCAAAGAUGGAGCUUAAAGGAGAAUGGGACCCAAAGAAUUUUAUUGACCAAGUGCCCAACAGAGGUGAUCUGCCAGCAUGGAAGGUGCAGCUGGCUGCCAAACAGAUUGCCGAGAAGGCAAUGAAGGAAACACUGGAGAAGAGAAAAGUAGAGGAGAGGGAAGCGAGGUUCAAGGAUAUGCCUGCCUGGAAGAGAGCAAUUGUGGAGAGAAAAGAGGCUGAAGCGAGGUCUGCGGAAGAGAAAAGACAGGCGGAGGAGCAACAGCGAGCGCAGCAUAGCUCAAACAAGCGGGUGCCUCAUGUGCAGGUCAUGCCAAAAUCUGGAGACAAGUCCCUCGCACCCUGGCAGCUGGAGCUGCAGCACAAGUAGUGGGUUGCCAUGGCAACAAACUUCAUCAUUUAUGGUGUGCUACUGGGGUCGAAAAUAUCAGGGCCCUUUUUAAGCAAGGGUCUUGUGUAAAAUUUAAGUUAGUACUGAAUUUUUAGCUCAGACCUAUAGAUGUUUAUGCUUGAUGUUUUACAUAAAUAAAGAACACAAUGAAGAAUUUCAAUAAAAAGAGUUUCUAAAAUAAAGUGAUAAUAGUCAAUUUUAUGUCAUUAUUUGUAUUGUUACUUAAAUUUGUUGUACCAUUCUUCAAAAGAUGCACUCCAGUUGUUGAAAUUGCAGAACUUGUCCUAGGCCCUGAUUUUUGUAUUGUUUCUUAAGUAUUUUCCCAAUUAUGUUAUUUUAUAAAAUUGAUAAAAUGAAAUGAUUUUUUCAGAUGUAAAACCAUCAUCAAUAUAUCAAUAUUUGUUGUUUGACCGCUAUAAAUAACUGCAAAGACUAAAGCAUAAUCAAUGGAUACUUCAUAACAAUUACUAUACUGAGCUUUAUUAAUCUUUUAACAACAGACUUAAGAAAUUAUUUUGCUAUAUUUGCUGGACCAGAGCAUUUAUCUGAAAAAAUAAUGUUUUGAAAAUUAGACGAUUGCAUUUUUAGCUCAUCUUUUUUUGAAAAAAAAUUAUGAGCUAUUGUCAUCACCUUGGCGUCAGCGUGUUGGCGUUGGUGUCCGCGUCCGGUUAAGUUUUGCGUACAGGUCCACUUUUCACAUAAAAUAUCAAUGCAAUUCAUUCAAACUUGGUACACUUACUAACUAUCAUGAGGGGACUAGGCAGGCAAAGUUAGAUAACUCUGGCUUGCAUUUUACAGAAUUAUGUGCCCUUUUUAUACUUAGAAAAUUGAAAAUUUUGGUUAAGUUUUGUGUUUAGGUCCAUUUUAUUCAUUAAGUAUCAAAGCUAUUGCAUUCAUACUUGCAGCACUUACUAACUAUCAUAAGGGAAUUGUGAAGGCAAAGUUAUGUAACUCUGACUGGCAUUUUGACAGAAUUAUGGGCCCUUUAUACUUGAAAAUUUGGUUAAGUUUUGUGUUUAGGUCCACUUUUUUUAUAAAGUAUCAAAGCUUUUGCUUUCAUACUUGCAACACUUACUAACUAUCGUAAGGGGACUGUGCAGGCAAAGUUAUGUAACUCUGGUUGGCAUUUUGACGGAAUUAUGGGCCCUUUAUACUUUAAAAUUUGGUUAAGUUUUGUGUUUUGGUCCACUUUACCCCUUAAGUAUCAUAGAUAUUGCUUUUAUACUUGGAACACUCGCAAACUAUCAUAAAGGGACAGUUAAGGACAAGUUGCAUAACUCUGGUUGUCAUUUUUACGGAAUUAUGGCCCUUUUUUUUUACUUAGUUACUUUGAAUAUAUGGUUACAUUUUGUGUUUAGAUCCACUUUACUUCUAAAGUAUCAAGGCUAUUGCUUUCAAACUUCAAAUACUUUCAUGCUAUCAUGUGGGUACUUACUGUACCUGGCAAGUUGAAUUUUACCUUGACCUUUAAAUGACCUUGACUCUCAAGGUCAAAUUAUUAAAUUUUGCUAAAAUUGCCAUCACUUCUUUAUUAAUGAUUAGAUUCGAUUGACACUUGGACAAAACAACUCUUACCUGACAUACCACAAUAGACUCAAACCAAACCAUCCCCCACGCCCUGAAUCCCCCCCCCCCCCCCCC